GCAGGCCUGAAUCCCUCUUCAACCUUCUGCUUUCUGGAGGGGCACCUUCAACCAACUCCGCGGUGCACUGGCAGCGGCGUCCCUAGUUGUGAAGAAUAAGUGGAAAUAACACUUUUACACAGAUACAAUGUCCUUCCUGACGGUCAGCAGGCUAGCGCCUAAACUCCUCAAUUCAAAGAAUGCCACCUACUUCCUUGUGGCUGCCAGAAAUGCCAGCGCAUCAACAACAAAUCUGAAGGAUGUUCUGGCUGACCUCAUCCCUAAAGAACAGACCAGGAUCAAGAACUUCAAACAACAAUAUGGCAAAACCAACAUAGGACAGAUUAAUGUUGACAUGGUCUAUGGAGGUAUGAGAGGGAUGAAGGGUCUGGUGUAUGAGACCUCUGUUUUGGAUCCUGAGGAGGGUAUCCGUUUUCGGGGCUACAGCAUUCCAGAGUGUCAGAAGUUGCUGCCUAAAGCUCCAGGAGGUGAGGAGCCGCUGCCCGAGGGCCUCUUCUGGCUGCUGGUCACAGGGCAGGUGCCCACUGAGGAGCAGGUGAACUGGGUGUCCAAAGAGUGGGCGAAGAGGGCAGCACUUCCCUCUCACGUUGUCACCAUGUUGGAUAAUUUCCCCACAAACCUGCACCCCAUGUCUCAGUUCAGUGCUGCCAUCACAGCUCUGAACAGUGAGAGCAGCUUUGCACGGGCUUACUCUGAGGGUGUCCACAAGACCAAGUACUGGGAGUUUGUCUAUGAAGACUCCAUGGACUUGAUUGCCAAGCUGCCCUGCAUUGCUGCCAAGAUCUAUCGCAACCUGUAUCGCGAAGGCAGCAGCAUCGGAGCCAUCGACUCCAACCUGGACUGGUCCCACAACUUCACCAACAUGCUGGGCUACAGUGAUCCCCAGUUCACUGAGCUAAUGAGGCUCUACCUCACCAUUCACAGUGAUCAUGAAGGAGGCAAUGUCAGUGCCCACACCAGCCACUUGGUGGGUAGUGCCCUGUCUGACCCCUACCUGUCCUUCAGUGCCGCCAUGAAUGGUCUGGCUGGUCCUCUGCAUGGCCUGGCCAAUCAGGAGGUGCUGGUGUGGCUGACUGCACUGCAGAAGGAAUUGGGAGGAGAGGUGUCUGAUGAGAGGAUGAGGGAUUACAUCUGGAACACACUCAAGUCUGGAAGGGUGGUGCCAGGCUAUGGCCACGCUGUCCUGAGGAAGACUGACCCACGUUACACCUGCCAGCGUGAAUUUGCCCUGAAGCAUCUUCCCAAUGACCCCAUGUUCAAGUUGGUUGCCCAGCUUUACAAGAUUGUGCCCAAUGUGCUCCUGGAGCAGGGUAAGGCCAAGAACCCCUGGCCCAAUGUGGACGCUCACAGUGGCGUGCUGCUUCAGUAUUAUGGAAUGACUGAGAUGAAUUACUACACUGUGCUCUUCGGUGUGUCCCGAGCCCUCGGUGUGCUGGCUCAGCUGGUGUGGAGUAGAGCUUUGGGCUUCCCAUUGGAGCGCCCCAAGUCCAUGAGCACAGAUGGACUGAUGACACUGGUGGGAGCUAAGUCAGGCUGAAGAACCACCUGAAAGGAGCUAGGGGUUAGUGUGAAGGGUGGGAGGAGAUGGAAAUAUCAAAAGGCAGACACAAGUUGACCCCCUGUCAUUUCCAACCCCAGGGAUUCAAUGGGAUUCAAAGAGACAGUACGCUUUUAAUGUCAUUUCACAAAAGAAGGGCCUUUUAAAUUGUCACACAUUAGUGUUUUAGUGUGUUUAGGUAACCACUGACAAGUUUUCCCAGCACGUCUCCAUAUUUGGAGCAUGUGAGGUGAAAACUUAAGACACACAUAAAUGUAACCCAUAGUAGGCUCAAACUAUGUACUAUUAUAAGUCUGCUAGCAUCGCUAAGAUUUUCCCCUGUGCAGUGCCUGCGUGUUUGUCAUUGAGCACUGGGUCUGAACUAUGAAUAGGCAGUGGCAUUCAAAGGGAAUUGUGGGAGUGAAUUACACUUCGUUUUGUAUUUAUUCAAAGAUCUAAAGUUAAAUACCUGACUCAACCUUUGCUGCUUUUGGCUAAUGCAGUGAUUUGUUUUAGAGGACAUCCCCAAGCAAAAUAACUUUUUUCCUAAUUAAGGCUCUAUUUAGUUUUUUUUCUAUGCAAUGUUCCCAGAUGUCAUCCCACCCAGUCUAUCAACGCAUUUCACUCCCAUUUAUGAACACUCCAGUUUAGAAAAAGAAGGUCCUCACUAUAAAAAUUAACAAAGCUGUUCAAGAUAAACAUUCAAAAGCAUGAAACUCAGUUAAAAGAUACUGCCCCUUUAAAUCUUUGGUGUCCCCUUUUUCUCCAAGUUGUAGUUGUUUUUUUUUUUUUAAUGAUGACCUGUAUUACCUCUAUGAUCAAAAUAACUGUCUUGUCUAUUUUCAUUAACAUGCUUUCCUAUUUGUAAUGGGCCUCUGCUCAAAUGGUCUUAUGAAUGGUCAAGAAUCAAGUAUAAUGUACAGUAACUGUAAUAAUAAAGAUUUGAGCAAAGGGUGUUGUAAUUGGCAGCCUGUAGUAAAUCCUUAAGAGCAAGCUUGAAUGAAAGGUGGGAGAGGGGGACUUUGUUAAAGUCCUGUCUUAUAUGAGUGUAUGUUUGUUACUUUAUCCAUCCCCACAGGAGAGCGCUUUAAACAUCAACUACUCCAAAAUGAGCACUUGCUUGAUUGGAUUUCCUAAUUUGUAGCAGUAGACACCCCCCAGGUUGAUUGUGUUCCUUUUACAGAGGGUUUUUUUUUUGGUGUUGAAUAUGUAUAAAACUAUAAUCUUUGGGUUCUCAUUUUGUGGUUUUAUUUAUACUUUGUGUACAUAGGUAUAUAUAUGUAAAGCUUGAAUGUAUGAGCUCGAUCACUUGCUUGUAAUAACCACAAUGAUUACCAUAGUUUACCCACAAUGUAGUAGUGCCCAGUCUCACUGUAAUGUUCAGUCUCGCUGGUCACUGUGAAAUGUUAACAACGAACAAAAAGAAACUGCAGCUAUCUUGUAUAUACAUGAUUUCUUGCCUAGCUCUGUGGGCUUAGCCGGUGCUGUUUUUCAGGUGUUUCACUUGAAUAUUUCAAGCUUGCUCUUAAGCUCUGGGUUUGUCAACACUCCAUUUUUGUGUAGUUUUAAGUUCUUGCAUUUUUUUUUCCAAACUACUCUUGCUGUGUUAGUCAGUAGCUCACUCAGAUGUAUGAAUCUCUCUGCUCUGCUACCAUCUUACUUCUGGCUUUAUCAGGUGUGUUUUGUGUUUUAUCGUACUGUUCUUCCAUGUGGUGGGUUGUUCAACAGAUGAGGUUAUUUUGAUCGUAGAGGAGCAUAAAGGUUGUACAUGAUAACUGGGAGAAUUCAUUGCAGAUGGAUUCAUCAGAGAAACACUUAGGGGGAUGGGGCUGGAUGGGUCAAAUGGGCAAGAAAAGCUUGAAGCGCAAAUACUGGAAAACCUAACAAAAAACGAAAAAUAAAGGUUUUUAUUAACACUUGUUUAGUCUAAUUUUCUUUAUUGUUUAGAAUAUUGCAUAACGUAAUGCAGGCCUUUGUUCGGUUUGACCAGCCACUACAUCCAUUAAUGCCCAUGGGUGAUCAGAGUUUAGUGAUGAUGUUACACCAUUGGUCGGCCAAAUGCUUAACUUUUCCCAAUGUUUGAUAUGUAUAAUUGCAGUAUUUUUAAUUUUGAGAUGUCCCCAUUAAAAUUUGGAUAAUUGAACCAUAA